AUGUUUAAAUUUUUGAUUUUUUAAUGUUUAUUGUAUGGAUUAUUGAGAGUUUAAAAUUUUGAUUUUGGAAUAAUUAUAUCUAUGGUUGUCAAAUUUUUGAUUUUUUUUUAUGUUUUAUGAUUUAUAUUUUUGGGAUUUCGAUUUUCACAUUUUUCAAUUACAGGUCGGACUCGAUUAUCCGGAGAGUAUUUUUUUUUUUCAUUCACGAUAAUCGAAUCCUCCGGUUAAUCGAGUCAUUAAAAAAAUGAAUUUUCUCUCGGUAAACGUAAUAUAAUUAUAAUUUGGACUUAUUUAUUAAACGGUUUCAUCUAGCUUAGACCCAUUUAUAUGUUUGUGACUUUGUAACUUUGUCUGUAGCGCUGUACCACUUUAAUAGAAAUUUAACCCCCUACUCAGGCAUCCCAAAAGUACUGCAUUUUCAUAACAGUCGGUAUGAAAUUGAAUCGACAGUCUCUGUGAGCGCGCUACACUCGUAUACAAGCGACAGAGCAUGAAUGCAUGAAGUAAUACUAUACAGCAACAGUCGGUGUUUCGUCGAAUUCAUCUAAUUUGUCGUGCCCGACCGUAGUGAGCCGGGGAGACUGUUCGUUUCCGAUUUUUUCGUGUCUGCUAUUCCGUUCGCUCUGUCGCCGUAACAGUCGCUGACGAAGCGAUGAAUCUCAUCGGUUUACCCGGGUUACUGUCACACGUGACUGUCAGCAGAAGAAUGUCAUGACAUUUUUCUGGCGAUCGUAAUGCUAGCCUGUAUCUUAUGCGUUUGUGCUUCUUCACCAGUACGCUUUGAGAUGUGUAUCGGACAUAUGGCUGUGAUCACUAGUUGCGUGCACACAUAGGAAGCCGAGUUAAUUUCAUAUCGACUGUAAUAACUGUUGGGAUGCCUGAAUCCAGAUACACAAAUGACCAACAAUUCAUAUGAGAAAAACACGCACAGCUUAAUAAUUCUAGGCGAGAGUUUCUUCGAUAAUAUAUUGGUGACGUCGGAAAUACUCAGUGUUGGGAGUGUUUAGAUUUAUCCUCCAAGUUGGAAACUAAUGCAGCGCGAACUCGAUUAUAUACAGUCUCCGAUUUCUUUUCACUGUAUAUAAUAGAAUCCUGUAUAUAAUCGAGUCAAAAAAUGUUUUUUUUAAAUUUGUUUUUCAUGCAUAUAAUUUUUGAUUAUUGAAUGUAAAAGAAGAAUUUAAUAUAUUUUCUCAGAAUCUCUCAGGACGUGAUAGAUGAUCAUAUUUCAUGGAAAAAAACCCUCCUACGCAUAUGUUCGAAUUUUAACAAUGACAGAGUUAUAGAACUUUGUGCUCCCGUGGCCGAGUGGUUAGCGUCAUAACUAACAUGCCGGGUGUUCGGGUUCGAUUCCCGUUCUGGUCGGGGGAAUUUUUCGUCAAAGAAAUUUCCUCCGACUUGCACUGUGAUCACGCGUAUUCUCUAGAGCUUGCCACUCAGAAUGCAUUCAAGGCGUGUUAUUUGGCAUAGAAAUCUCAACUAAGUACUAAUAAAAAUGACGCAAGUAAUACUACGUUGAGACGGCGAAGUUCCUCUAGGAACGUUAGUGCCAUUGAAGAAGAAGAAGAAGAAGAGUUAUAGAACUAAACUGCCUCUACACUAAAGAGUACGCUACGUGAGCCAAUUAUGUUGCUUUCAUUUGAAAGAUAUAUUUUUUUUAAAUCUUUAAAACAUUUUCUUGCUAGUUGUACAUUUUUCUCAUAAUCCAGUGGACCGAUAUGGCUGAUUUUUUUAGCAUGUAAAAAUCUUAUUAUCUGAAUUGUUACGUAGCGGUUUUUGAACAUUAUGAAAAUUACCAAAAUGUCGGCCAUUUGAAUAAUAAAAAAAAAUUCAACAAAAAUCGUAAGGCCGUGGUUAUCAGAGAAGUUAUCAAUGAUGAUAAUCGAUCAAAGCAGAUAGGUCCUUUUCGUAAGUCAGAAUUCAUUUUUGCAUGCUGAAAAAAAACUUCUGCUAAAUUGGUCCACUAGAUUCUGAGAUAAACGUACCACCAGCUGAAAAAAUACGCUUAAAGAUUCGUACAGCCAUGUUACUCUUGAGAUGACCCCAUAGUUUUUACUGCAGAUUUUCAACGAAAUGAAAUAUCGAAGAAUCCUUCCGGUACAACAUUGCAUAAAACCCUUUUUUCGAUUUACCAGAGUUGAUUCCCCCAUUAAACAGAUUUCCGAAAAAAUCACAAAUGGAACAAGUAUAACGAAAAUUUUCGCACGUAGAAGAUUUCAUGGAAAUAAAUUUGUACAUAAAAAAAGGCAAUGUUUUUUUUUAUUAACUUCACACUUUCAGAAAUAGCUGAAUGUUCAAAUCAAAAUAUCUCUAUAUGUGGAAAAUUCUUCAGAUCAUGAUAUAAUUAUAGUUUUGAAUGUCAAUGAAUCAUAUAUUUCAAAGCAAGAAUCAACCAGGCAAACCUAAUUCACCAGGUAAAAGUAUAACGUCGUAUUCUGAAAUACAAUCGAGUUAGAAUUACCCGAACGGAUCGCAAUUUUGCAUUCUGUAAUCCGUUCGACGACUCAAGUUCAAUCGAGCUAUGUAUCCUAGCCACACUCUACCGUAUCAAACAUGUGUUCUAUGUAACAGAGUAAUAAAAUCUUGCAUGAACAACAUAUAUAUUAAUGUUCUGCAGUUCUGUAGUUCCGUGAAAAGCAUUAAAUACAUUUGCAAGUCCGUGAAUGAGGGCAGGAAGGUGGCUGUAUUUCAAAUUCAGUAUAUCGAUAUGAAUAUGAAAUACACUUGCAAUACACUUGUUGUUUUUCAUAUAACAACGAAUAUAUUCGCUAAAAAUUAUCUAAAUGGCAGCAUAACGUUUACCGGGUCAGUUAGUAAUAAUGAUAAUAAUACUAAAAUUUUGUUGAUAAUAUUCAGAUUACGCGCUAAACAUAUUUUAUUCAUAAAUAAAAUAAAAUCUCCUUCAUGUCCAAACCUACAUUGCUAAGUGCGCAACACUUCCCCCAACCGCAUUCUAAUCUGGCCCUACAGUUGCAUCCGCGUAACUUUCAUUCACACGACUUCCACCCACGACACUUCACCACGCACCUCUUUCAACAGAUUCUCUUCUGUUGCUCACACUAUUUCCCCCGAAAACUUCUCUACAUAGAAUAGCCGCUGGUUGAUCGUAUUAGUUUUAAGUGUAGAUUGUUGGUAGCAAUCCGACAACUCCGACAAUGCCUUACUAUUCUUCAUUAAUUGUCGGUCAGUUCACCAUGAACUGCAGUAUGGUAGUAGAAUACUUAGCUUAGUAAAAUAAAAUAUCCUAGCCAUUCUUGCUGGAAGUAUCGUGCUGAACACUAAUAAAUGUAGUAACGUAGUACAAUAAAUUAAAGUUGUUUGUGAAUCUAAAUGUGUGUUCAGAAUUUAUGUUUGUGAAAUAGUAUCCAGUGUACUUGUUCCGAUAUACCGUGGUAGCAUUCAAAUGCUGCGAUUAUGGUUCAGUAAACCCUGGUCCUGACUGCUACCAUUCCUACACGCACGCAACGAAAUCUGUAAUCUAAAACACAACGUAGGGUGUGUGACAACAUAAAAUUUUGGUGCCGUGACCAGGAUUUCCACAUCGCAGACGGAUCACGACAAUUGUGUUAUUCAGUUAAUAUCACACAAUUGAUUGACGCCAUCAUUGGCUAUGUUUCAAUACAUCAUUAUCCAUUAAACCAAGGACGCCAUCACUGGAAACUCAAAUUGAAUGCAGCAUAUCCAGUGCCACCACCAACUUAAAGCAGUUUAUUGUAUGCAAGGCAUUUUGAAUUUUUAUAGCAGGUAAUUACCUGUCCAAUAUCUGCUGAUAGUUCCACAGGUAUGAGUUAGAUACCUUUUCUAUAUUUGCACGCAUAUUUCUUCGCCGCCUGAUUACUCCGGAGCCUUCACAAGUAGAGGAGCACCUUUCUAUCAUUCAUAAACGGAACAAGGAUAUACCGAAGGUUGCAUCUUACAGCAUUUUUAAUUUCAAGGCUCAAUUUGCCUUGGAAUAGAAAUUUCAAUCGACAUUGACCUCCGUUCGCGUUUUAUCAUGAGUACUGCAGGAGAAAUCAAUCAACUGAUCUCACGGAGAACAUCGCUUCUAGCUAGUCUGGGUCGGGCAGAGAACUUUCUGGCCGAGUUCGACUCACAGCGGGAUCAAAUACAGCUACAUGUGCGUCUUGAGCGGCUGGAAAAAUUGUGGGACGAUCUCGAAAGUACACAAGAUCAGUUGGAAGAGAUAGAGACAACUGAUGAAGGUAGGAAAAUGCAGGAGAAAAUUCGGGCUAAUUUUGAACCUCGACUCUUCAUAAUAAAGGCAAAUUUAGCUUCCAAGCUUUCUUCGUUAGUCACUGAUGCUCGUCCACCUCAACCAACGUACACAAACUCCACUCUCUCUGGCAUAAAAUUACCGACAAUAACGCUCCCUGAAUUUGAUGGGGAUUACAUGCAAUGGCUUACGUUUCAUGAUACCUUCUUGGCAUUAAUACAUUCCAAUUCUGAAGUUCCACCAAUUCAAAAAUUUCACUAUCUGAAAGCAGCUGUCAAAGGAGAGGCUGCUCUGUCUAUUGAGUCCAUUGCUAUUAGCUCUGCAAACUACGAAUUAGCUUGGCAAACAUUAAAAGAUCGAUACGCAAAUGAGUACCUUUUGAAGAAACGACAUUUGCAAGCUCUGUUUGAUAUUCAAGGCAUUAAAAGGGAAACGGCAGCUACGCUCCACGGAUUGGUGGAUGAAUUUGAUCGUCAUGUCAAAACAUUGCAUCAGCUAGGUGAACCAACAAAUGCUUGGAGCACUAUACUUGAACACCUGUUAUGCACACGCUUACCUGACGAUUCGCUAAAGGCUUGGGAAGAUCAUGCAUCGAAAACAGAUAAUCCAGAUUACGAAAGCUUGAUUGUGUUCCUGCAACGUAGAACUCGUGUCCUCGAAUCUAUAUCGGUGAACCAUAACACUGCAUCCACAAGUUUCAAUACAUCCGGCCAAUCAACGAGAAAACUUCCGCAUCUUCGCUUGUCAUCAUACACCUCUACAACGGAUUCGAACAAUCAAUGUCCAGCAUGUGAUCAACCACAUCCAUUGAUAAGGUGUCCAAAAUUCUACCGUUUUUCUGCUACUGAGCGACAGCAGCUGGUCAUGUCGAAGCGACUUUGUCACAACUGUUUACGUAGAGAUCACAUUGCUCGCAACUGCUCUUCGAACUUCAACUGCAAACAUUGCAACCGUCGUCAUCACACGCUUCUGCAUUCUGCAAACAAUGCCCUUGUGGCUAGUAAUGUAACCGACAUUUCGUACGGCCUAGCGCCACCCGAAACUAGUCAAUUUAGAGAGUUAGAGGAAAUUCAAAGUCAAACUUCGGUCGCUGCCACCAAGAGUUUGCCAAGUUUCGAAACAAGUGUAUCACUCCAGCAACCUUUCGAAAAUGUUUUCCUACUCACCGCCGUAGUACAAAUUGUUGACGCAUAUGGACAAGAACAUCUAGCGCGUGCUCUUUUAGAUAGUGCUUCACAGCCAAACCUUAUGACAGAUCGCAUGGCAAGAAUUUUAAAUUUGAAACGAAACAACGUGAAUAUAACCGUACAAGGCGCAGGCCAACUUUCCCAAGUAAUCCGGGAGUCAGUUUUUGCAGAAGUAAGGUCAAGAAAAGAAGGCUUCUCUUGUGGAAUUGAUUUUCUUGUGAUGGAUCAUGUCACCGCUGAUUUGCCAGCGCAUCAUGUAGAAACAACUGGUUGGAAGAUUCCUACUGAUCUUUUUCUCGCAGACCCUUCUUUCAACAAAUGUCAACCGAUUGAUCUCGUCCUAGGAGCUAAGCAUUUUUAUUCCUUCUUCCCUGGUGCAGCUCGAAUUCACUUGAAGGAAAAGCUACCAUUGUUGAUAGACAGCGUUUUUGGUUGGAUUGUAGCAGGUUCAGAUUGUUCUGCUUCGCCAUCGCAACACUCCACAGUCUCGAGUUAUAGCGUCGUAGCGGUAGCAGCCUCUUUAGAGCAAAGCAUCGAGCGUUUCUGGAAAACUGAAGAGUUAGUCGUUAAAGAUAACUAUUCCAUUGAAGAAAGACAAUGUGAGACACUAUAUCAAUCUACUGUAACGAGAAACAACGAUGGGCGCUAUAUGGUUCGUCUUCCUAAGCGACCAGACUUUGAAAUCAUGCUAGGUGAAUCAAAGCAAAAUGCCUUUCGACGAUUCGAACUUUUGGAAAAAAAAUUGGAACGAAAUCCAGAAAUUAAGAAAGAAUAUCACGAAUUUAUGCGUGAGUAUAUCUCUCUUGGUCAUAUGAAACUAGUCAAGAGUAGCGACGAAAAUAAUAAGCAUUUUUACCUGCCUCACCAUCCGGUUAUAAAAGAGACAAGCUCAACAACUAAACUACGAGUCGUGUUCGACGGAUCAGCCAAAUGUUCCACUGGAUUUUCGCUUAAUGACUCUCUUUGUGUGGGACCUGUUAUCCAAGAUGAGUUGAUCACGCUUGUACUGCGCUUCCGAAAACACCAGAUUGCUCUUGUUGCUGACAUCGCCAAGAUGUAUCGACAAAUACUGGUGCAUCCGGAUGACACCCGCUUCCAACGAAUUUAUUGGCGAUUUUCUACCCAAGCUCCAAUACAACCCUAUGAACUCCAAACGGUAACAUACGGGUUAGCACCGUCUUCCUUCCUCGCCACAAGAACUCUUGUACAACUAGCAACUGAUGAAGGGAAAUCGUAUCCUCUAGGAGGUCCAGCAUUACGUAAUAAUUUUUAUAUGGACGAUUUUAUCGGUGGUGCUGAAACUAUAGAAAAGGCUAUCCAAUUACGAAAAGAAUUAACGGAAUUGCUUGCUAAAGGAGGAUUUGUGCUACGCAAAUGGUCAUCCAAUCGACUGGAGGUACUGCAAGGACUAGAUAAAGACGCCAUUGGGACUCAAUCCGCUUUGCAUUUUCAUCCAAAUGAAACUAUAAAAACAUUGGGUAUAAGCUGGGAACCCGAAAACGACUUUCUGCGAUUUUCAUCUCACGUAUAUGAAACCGAUCAGCCAACCACAAAACGAUCAAUAUUAUCAUCAAUUGCAAAACUGUUCGACCCAUUAGGACUCAUUGCUCCCAUCAUCGUCAAAGCUAAAAUUAUGAUGCAAGAGUUGUGGUUACUCGCCUGUGAAUGGGACGAACCUGUACCUGAAUCCAUGAGCGAAAGGUGGAGGAAAUAUUAUAAACAACUACCCCGCAUUUCCGACUAUCAAGUAGACCGAUACGCUUUUCUUCCUAAUUCAGUGAUUCAACUUCACACGUUCGCCGAUGCAUCUGAAUCUGCAUACGGUGCAUGUACUUACGCUCGCUCUGAGGACAAUAAAGGUAAAGUGAAGGUGCAGUUGCUAGCCUCCAAAUCCAGAGUAGCCCCGUUAAAACGACUUAGUUUGGCCCGACUAGAACUAUGCGCAGCAGUUCUCGCUGCCCACUUGCACAACUGCAUAAAAACCGCUAUUGAUCUCGACGUGACUAAAUCCUACUUUUGGUCGGAUUCAGCUGUUACUCUACAGUGGCUGCAAUCACCUCCUAAUGUCUGGAAAACAUUUGUAGCCAACCGAGUUUCGGAGAUCCAGCACUUCACACACGGUGAUCAUUGGAAUCAUGUAUCUGGGAAAGAGAAUCCUGCUGACUUAGUGUCACGAGGAAUGCUGGUAGAAGAUUUUCUUAAAAGCCGAUUGUGGACUCACGGACCAUGCUGGUUGUCACUUCCACCAAAUGAGUGGCCGAUUUCUAACCCGCCGAAUGUAGCUGAAAACCAAUUGGAAAUGAGAAAUAUUGUUGCGACCAUACAAACUUCACCGUCUGUUCAUCCUUGGUUCUUACGCUGGUCUUCAUAUAACCGACUUCUUCAUGUAAUCAGCUACUGUAUCCGGUUCGUAAAUAAUGUUCGCGCAAAGUCUCGGACUGAUCGAUCACCAUCCAAACCAAAUUGCCUGUCACUUACCGUUCCUGAGUUGCUGAAAGCAAAAGCUUUACUAAUUUGCCUCGCUCAACAUGAUUCAUUCCGUGCCGAAAUAGAUAGUUUGAUGAAAAAUAUGCCAAUACCAAAAAAGUCCAGUAUGCGUAAAAUGAGCCCCUUCCUGGAUUCAGAGAGAGUGUUGAGAGUGGGUGGACGUUUGAACAUGUCAGACUUGCCUUUUCAAGCCAAGCAUCCAGCCAUAUUACCUGCCUUUCACCCAUUAACACGAUUGUUAGCACAACACUUCCACAUCAAAACCCUUCAUGGCGGCGGGCGUUUGCUUCUAACCGCAAUGAGAGAAGAGUACUGGCCACUACAAGGCCGUAGACUCGCCCGGAGUACUGUCCGUAACUGCUUCCGUUGUACCCGUCUAAACCCUAUACCUCUUGAACAACAAAUUGGCCAGCUGCCUGCCCAGAGAAUAAUGUCAAGUAGACCAUUUAACGUUACCGGAAUAGAUUACGCCGGACCGCUGUACCUGAAACCCACGCACAGACGCGCUGCCCCUGCAAAGGCUUAUAUAUGCGUCUUUAUAUGCUUCACCACGAAAGCGGUUCACCUUGAACUGGUUGGAGAUUUGUCAACCCAAGCAUUUAUCGGUUGUCUGCGAAGAUUUGUUGCCAGACGCGGUCGCCCGUCUCACUUGCAUUCGGAUAAUGGUAAGAAUUUUGUCGGCGCAAAGAACCAACUAAAGGAAUUGUUUUACUUGCUACAAAAUGCGGAAGAACAACAAAGAAUUAGUUCCGCCUGUGCCGAUGAAAACAUCACCUGGCAUCUUAUUCCCCCUAGGGCGCCGAACUUUGGCGGUUUGUGGGAAGCGGCAGUGAAGGUUGCGAAAAAACACUUAUUUCGCCAACUUGGAUCCACCCGUAUUUCCUUCGAGAAUAUGUGUACGGUGCUCACGCAAAUUGAGUCUCAAAUGAACUCUCGACCGCUAUUGCCGAUGACUGAAGAGCCAGAUGACUUAGCUGCGCUCACUCCUGCUCACUUCCUAAUCGGAACUUCGAUGAAUACACUGCCCGACCCAGAUCUCAGCCACCUACCGAUGAAUAAACUCGAUCAAUACCAAAGUCUCCAACUGCAUACACAAAAGUUUUGGAAACACUGGCAACGAGAAUAUCUUCAAGAACUUCAAAAAGAUACCAAAUGCCGUGGACGUAACAAUCAAAUUAUACCUGGUAAACUAGUUAUACUCAUCGAUGACCUGCAACCUCCAAUUCGCUGGCCUUUGGCUCGCAUAGUGUCAACUCAUCCCGGCUCCGAUGGAAUCACUAGAGUCGUUUCGCUGCAGACCGCAAGAGGACUUAUUACACGACCUGUCUCUAAAAUAUGCCUGCUGCCAUAUGCUAUGGAAACUCCUGUGGCAGAUUCGUUCAACUGCAUCAGCAACAUGGUUUUAGAUAGAUAGAAGCGAGCUUUGAAUGUCCUUCAGACAGACAAGUAAACAAGAGAUUGUUGUUUGUUUUUAUUGAAUGUAACUAUUCAAGGCGACGGGUAUGGUUGAUCGUAUUAGUUUUAAGUGUAGAUUGUUGGUAGCAAUCCGACAACUCCGACAAUGCCUUACUAUUCUUCAUUAAUUGUCGGUCAGUUCACCAUGAACUGCAGUAUGGUAGUAGAAUACUUAGCUUAGUAAAAUAAAAUAUCCUAGCCAUUCUUGCUGGAAGUAUCGUGCUGAACACUAAUAAAUGUAGUAACGUAGUACAAUAAAUUAAAGUUGUUUGUGAAUCUAAAUGUGUGUUCAGAAUUUAUGUUUGUGAAAUAGUAUCCAGUGUACUUGUUCCGAUAUACCGUGGUAGCAUUCAAAUGCUGCGAUUAUGGUUCAGUAAACCCUGGUCCUGACUGCUACCAUUCCUACACGCACGCAACGAAAUCUGUAAUCUAAAACACAACGUAGGGUGU